UGUCGUAAAUAUAUACCAGUCGGAAUCCUGCGCGAUGCGUGGGUAUGUUUUUGCUUUUUAUUUGUUAUUUUCUUAGAUGAAUUUUAUAUUUAAUUUUUUUCAACUUCUUUCUCAAGUUUUACACGUGACAUGAAAAAAAAAAUCGCGCGGGUAUAUCAUUUUUCUUACAAAAAUGAAGGCUUAGGAGAUAAGAAAUUUGAAAUGAAGGCUAUCAAAAAGACACAUGCUGCAAGAAAGGCAAUGAAUGUGAGGAAAAAGUUCAGCUUUAGGGAGAGAAAGCAAAGUGAAGGUGGUGAAAGUACUGCGAGAAGGAGUCAGACAGAAAAGGUAAAGCAAAGGCAGCAAGCUUGUGGAAUCAAAUGACUAAUUGGCUUCACUGGUUGGUGGAGUUUCAAAUUUGCAUUGGUGCCUUCACUUUAUUAAGGAUCUGCUGAGCUCUCAUCAAAAUUCAUUGCCAUCAAUGCAGCAAGGGGGUAAUGAGGCCAUUGUUGAAGAACAAAAUUUUGAUUCAAUUCGUGGCCCUGUAGGGCUGGAAACCCUAAUUUUGAAUGGCAAUGAGGAGAUGCCUGGUCCACAACUGUUGCAAGAUCAGAUGAGCUCUUUCCAAGAGUCAUUACAAAUAGUGGAUUUACAAAGGGGCGACGAGGCUUCCAGUCAACAGGAUCGUGAGCUAAUUAAUGGCCCAGUGAGACCCCAACUUUCAGAUGUUAUCGAAGGCACAUCUGAGCCGCAACUAAGACGCAAUCGUCGUGGACGCCGACCAGAAACUAAUCAACGCCCUCCUUGGCUGCCAGAAGGUUGGCGUAUUAUGACAAAGACAAGGCAGAAUGGUAGCAGUGCAGGCCAUGUUGAUAAGUAUUACGUACGUCCAGAUGGAAAAAAGUUUCGUUCUAAAAAGGAAGUCGAAGAUUACCUUCGGAGAACUACAGCCGACGCUAACCAGGCCAACAGUGAAAUGGAGUAUACAACUCUUUCAGGCUAGAACAUCAUCUGGAAACAACAGAAGACUAAGAUGCUGCAUGUUGUCUGCUGUAUUGAACUUUUGUUCUUCAUAUGUUUUGCGUAUUAUUUAUGCUUCAAAACUAUCCUGCGAUUGUUGCUAUGACUGUUUUGACGUUCUUCGUUUUGUUUAAGAUUCUGCCUAAAAUAAAGUGACGUUGAAGUUUGUGAUGUUGUGAACAUGGAACGUGAGGGUUUUUGCAAUUACCCGGUCUGCUAUUUAUUUACAGGACACCCAAUUUAAGAUAUCCUGUUGCAA